AUGUCUGGCCGCGGAAAAGGUGGAAAAGGUUUGGGAAAGGGCGGUGCUAAGCGCCACAGAAAGAUUCUUCGUGAUAACAUUCAGGGUAUUACCAAGCCUGCUAUUAGACGUCUUGCCCGCAGAGGUGGUGUCAAGCGUAUCUCUGGUCUUAUUUACGAAGAGACCCGUGGUGUUCUCAAGUCUUUCCUUGAGUCAGUCAUUCGCGAUGCUGUCACCUACACUGAGCACGCCAAGAGAAAGACUGUCACUUCUCUCGAUGUUGUCUACGCUCUCAAGAGACAAGGCCGCACUCUUUACGGUUUCGGUGGUUAA